GACAGAACCGGGCCUGGGCCACACGGGGCCUUUCUCUGCAGAGCGGAGGCUGCCGUGGAGACUAAAGUCAUCGGGGUCUCCGGUGAGGGCAACCUCCCUGAGCCGGACCGUGGGGAGCCCGUCAGCGGAAAGACUUAGGGGAACCGAGUUCCACCCGAAACAAGAACCACCUCUCUGCGGAAAAACAACCACUUUACUUUCCAUUCUGCUGCCUGAGACGACCACAUCCUCCUCACUCACACCCCAGCCUCCCAUGGAGAGCUCAGAUGCGGAGCUGGACCUCCAGCGGAGCGUGCAAGCUGUUCUCCGGGAACUCAGCCCCCAGGCCCCAGCCCUGCAGAGCAACCAAGGCAUGUGGAGAUGGUCCCUGCACAAGAAGGUCGAGAGAGAUCCUGGGAAGAGUCCGGUGCUGGUCCGAAUUCUGCUCAGAGAGCUGGAAAAGGCAGAAAGCGAAGACCUCCGGCAUGUCAUCAUUCCCUUGCUGCAUACUCUGCUGUAUGUGCUCACUAAGGCCACGGGCAUCACAGAAGAGCUCUACCGGAGAACCUACAACUUUUGCACGAGGUUGCUAACCCUGCCCGCCCCCUACUGCACCGUAGCCUUGGAUUGUGCCAUAAGGCUGAAAACAGAGACUGCUGUCCCAGGGACGCUGUACCAAAGGCUGGUCAUUGCCGAGCAGAACCUGACCAAUGAGCUGUACCCCUACCAGGAGAGAGUGUUCCUCUUCGUGGAUCCGGAGCUGGUAUCUCCCUCUGUGUGCAGCGCCCUGCUGCUGGAGAUCGAGGCGGCGCAGGUGCAGCAGACCCCGGAGGCCUGCAUGCGGCACGUGGUCUCCCAUGCCCUGCAGGCGGCACUCGGGGACGCCUGCCACGCCAGCACCCUGCAGAGCAAGCUGAAGGCCUGCCCUCGCCGCGCCCUGGAGUGCUAUUUCCACGCUGUGGUGGCCGCCGUGGAGCAGAUGGCCAGCGAACCCAACCCGAGCCGGGAGGGACACCUGGAGAGGCUGGAGGAGAUUUACUGCGGGCUGCUGGGGCCGGCGGCGGCCGCCAGGGGACGCUGCUGCGGAACUGGAGCGAGGAGGGCAGAGGGGAAUGCCACAGCCCUCCUCCUGCCUUCAGGUGACCCCCUGCAGGACCCACAGCCAAGCAUCCCUCUGCCCAGCCCCCACAUCUCCUUCCACCUGUGGACCGACGAAGAGCAGCUCUGGAAGGAGCUGGUCCUCUUCCUGCGCCCGCGAUCCCAGUUGCGCCUCAGUGCCGACUUGGAGGCCUUGGAUCUGCAGGGCCUCUGGCCAGACCGGGAGCUGGCCCGGGCGUCCAUGCUGUCCACUGACAGUGGCAUCGAGCGGGACCUGCCCAUGGGGGCUGAUGAGCUGCCUGUCCCCGGCAGCCCUGAGAUGGAGCGUGCUGGGCUGCAGCGCAAAGGAGGCAUCAAGAAGCGGGUGUGGCCCGCCGACAUCUUGAUGCCUGCGUGCUGGGACGGGCCCCAGGGACUGCACCGCAGGACAGGCCUGCCCAGCGGAGAUGGGGGGAUGCUGCCGGGGGUCUCCCGGCUUCACACGGCCAGGGUGCUGGUCCUGGGGGACGACAGGAUGCUGGGGCGCCUGGCCCAGGCCUACCACUGCCUCAGGAAACGGGAGACCCAGAAGUUCUGCCUGACCCCUAGACUCAGCCUGCAGCUCUACUAUAUCCCCGUGCUGGCGCCUGAGGAGCCGGCGACAAGCAGACAUUCGGAGCUCCGAGAGCUGGCGGCGUUCCUGGGCCGCGCAGACCCGUGGUACCAGAACACAGUCAACACACUCUGCCCAGCCAUCCACAAGCUGGCAGAGAUGCCCCCUUCCCUGGACACAUCCCGGACUGUGGACCCCUUCAUCCUGGAUGUCAUCACCUACUACGUUCGCAUGGGCACCCAACCCAUCUACUUCCAGAUCUAUACUGUCAAGAUCUUCAGGGACCUGAGCCAAGGCCCUGCAGAGGAUAUUUUCCUCACCGAGCUGAAGGUGGACGUCCAAGACUCCAGACUCCCCAAAGAUGGCUUUUCCCCCAGGAGGAAGGGCGCGGCUGAAGGCCCGGGGGCCGAGCUGUCCAUCUGCUACCAGAAGGCUCUGCUCAGCCACCGCGCCCAAGUGGUCACCGGUUCCCUGCGGGCCACUGGGCUGGUCCUGAAGGCCCUUCCAACCAGUGACACUGAUGGUUUGGGGCCCCCCCAGGCCCCACAUUCUGCUGCUCCCAUCACAGACCACACGUGCCUGAAUGUCAGUGUGACGGAGGUAGUCAAGUCCUCCAACUUGGCGGGCAGGUCCUUCUCUACGGUGACAAACACCUUCCGGAUGGCCACCAUCCAGAUCCAGAGCCAGGACCAGAGGCUCCUGACGCUGCUGCUGGACAAGGACGGUCGGCGAACGUACAGGGAUGUGGUCAGAUCUGACCCCAAAGAUGGAUCUCCUGAGCUCGCCUCUCUCCACCCACAGAAUCGAGGUUGCUCCCUGCCCAGAGCCGUGUUCCGGGACUCACAAGUCCAGGGCGUCGUGGGUUGGUUCACACCAGCCGGCGGAGGCAGAAGGGACCAGAGCCAAGCCCAAGCCCCUUCUCAUGCCCAUCAACACGUUCUCUGGCAUCGUCCAGUGAGCCUGAAAGGGCGGCAGAAGGGCUGAGUCCAAGAGCCCCAGACCAAGAGGAAGGAUACACUACCCCAUCAGCCUCCAAACACUCAUACCAGCAGCCGGGACGAAGCCAGGCUGCGCUGGGUGGCUUCUGGCUGUGCCCAGAGUUCAGGGAGCUUGGCCCACACCCAGGCCCAAGGACAGCUCCAGCAAAGCUGCGCACACGCAAGACCCAGCUCCGUGCACAAAUGUCCACACGCCUUCAUCUAUUUUUAGCCCCACCCCUCCCACUCAAGCUCCCCCAUCACCUCUGAAAACCCAAGUGAGAGCUGCUGUGUCGUCCAGGGCCCUGUGGCCUGGGGGGAAGUGGGAAGGAGGGCAAAGGCACCUCCUCUCUCCUGAGUCUGUUCCUUUCCCUCCCUCCAGCCACUGUCCACGCAUGCGUGGGCAGCAGGUGUCCCUCCUGGAGGAGAGGAAAUGUCAGAUUCAAUAAAGGCACACUAAAGCGA